AUUCAACGAAAACUAUUAAAACUUCAGUUUUAACUAAAAACAUUGUAUGAUGGCAUUGGCUAAUACAUUAUUGUUAGGUCUUUGUGCCAAUUGGCCACCUUUGAACAUUACAGAAACUACUUUACCUCCACCAUGGAAAUGGAUUCCAGAAAACAAAGCAAAAUAUAUCAAUAGUACUAAAUAUCAUUGUGAUCUUAAAAAUAAUAUUCAGAUUCAGUAUGAAAUACUACGAGGUAAACGUUUAAAGAUUGCUACAUUCCCAAACUCGAAACCUCUAAGUUGGGUUACGAAAGAAAAAAAUGGCACACUUAUAGGUCAUGGGAUCGCAUUUGAGAUCGUGGAAACACUACGUCAACGAUACGGUUUCACCUAUGAUGUUGUGGUACCAACAAGAGAAACUUUGUUAAAUGAAAACGGUAGCAUAGUUUAUAUGCUAGUUAAAGGGGAAGUAGAUAUGGCAGCUGCUUUUAUACCAGUUUUGCCAGGAUUGGAUCAUAUUGUUAAGUGGGGAAUCGAGUUGACUCAGUUUCAAUACGUUGUGUUAAUGAAAAGACCUAAAGAAAGUGCCACUGGAUCUGGCUUACUAGCACCUUUUGAAAUCGAGGUGUGGUUGUUAAUUCUAAUAUCAUUAAUAGCAGUGGGUCCAAUUAUUUAUGGUAUAAUGUUAUUGCGACACAAACUUUGUGGUUAUGAAUCUAAAGUGUAUCCUAUACCUACUUGUGUAUGGUUUGUAUAUGGUGCGUUGAUGAAACAAGGAUCAUCCUUAAAUCCAGAUACUGAUUCUUCCAGACUUAUAUUUGCUACAUGGUGGAUAUUCAUUAUGAUAUUGACUUCUUUCUAUACGGCAAAUUUGACUGCUUUUCUAACUCUAUCAAAAUUUACAUUGCCUAUAAAAAGAAUUGAAGAUAUUGCGAAUAAUGAAUAUCGAUGGAUCUCUUCAGAGGGUAGUGCCGUUGAGUAUAUUGUUAAAGUGGAUAAUGAUUUAAUGCCACUUAAACAGUCAAUGUUCGAAGGAAACGGUCAAUUUAUGGUUAUCAACAUUGAUGAAAUAGAUACAAUUUUAAAUUAUAUUUCGUCCGGUACAUUGCUUUUACACGAUAAAAAUUGGCUAAAUUUUUUAAUGUUAUACAUUGAAAGAUCAAUAACAGAUGACAAGUCACGAUGUCGUUAUGUAUUGACUACAGAUCCAUAUUUAACAAGAUCUAUGUCAUUUGUUUACCCUAAACACAGUAUCUUAUCUCCACUUUUUAAUCCUAUAAUGAUGUCGUAUAUGGAGUCGGGAAUCGUGAAACAUUUGCAAACCAAGGACUUGCCAGAGGCGGUCAUCUGCCCACUGAAUCUGGGAAACAAGGAACGGCAGCUCCGGAACUCGGACCUAUACACCACGUACGCGGUGGUAGUGUGCGGGUUCUCGAUGGCCGCAGCCGUGUUCACGCUCGAACUGCUGUCCAGGCACACCGGUUGGUUCGUGGCCGCGGACUUCUCGCAACACCAAGACCGCGGGUCGCACAGCAGCGUCGUCCGGUCCGAAAUCGCGGCGUUCGGCCAACCGUCCAAGAUCAUGUACCCGUUCAGCCACCGGGAGAACGUGAACGCCGCGUCCGCUACGCGUUUCGACUUCCAUCACAGGCCAUCGCCUCCGUCCCGUGGAUUCGCGUCCGUCUCGCCGUCGUCUUUUUUGUUGUUCGACAGAAAUUCUCCGCCGCGUCGGUUUCACUAUUGAUAUUGUUGAUAACGCGUUGUACACUAUCCGGUAUACGCACAUCGUGACGUUUUUUUGACGAUGAUUAUUAUGUUUUAUCCGUUCAGACUUUUUUUUUUUUUGUGAUAAUUGUUCCGUACAAGUUUUAAACAAUAAGACACCAACAUCAGGAGAAGAUCUAGCACUAUAAUUGAGAGUGGUGGUGAAUUUUUCGA